CUGCCACUACUGACAGUCAGUGCGCGACGAACCUUCGUUGCGUGUUUCCGCGUUCGACGUCUCGCCAAUGUUUGGAAAAAAAAAAAGAUACACAUAAAGAAAUAGAAAGAACAAAGAUGAAAAAAAGAGGAUGACCAUGACGCGAGAUGCAUCGGAAGCCCCGGCGAGAUCGCGUAGCUUCUCUACUCACUGCUACUCACUGGUACUCACCCCCGCUCACCGUACGUGCUCCAUAGCCGCAAGUCGGCGAUUCAGGUGAUUGUCAGGUGCGCGUUCCGUAUCUCUCCAUCAACCGUAUGCACGCUGAUCUCUGUUCGCUGCUCCAGUUUGUGAGUAUGUGUUGUGCGUGAUGUGACUCGAGUGUAUUACACCAUGCGAUGUACGAGAAUUUCUGCGUGUGAAAAAGAAUAAGAAAGAGACAUUUGUACGAAGCGAAGAGAGUAUAAGAAAGAAAGAGAAGAGAGAGAGAGAGAGAGAGAGAGAGAAAGAGAGAGAGAGAGAGAGAAGCGACAUGGCGCCCCCCGACAGAUCGCCUCGCCCUAGCUCUGGUCUCAGCCUCUCCGUGCUAGACUUGGCGCAGAUACGAGCGUUGGUCGAAUCGACAGGGAUGCUGGGUGGAUCUACAUGCCCAUCCUGUGAAAUGCCGUUCGACAAGGGCAAAAAGCGUCGUCUGAUUGAUUCCUGCGGUCAUGAACGCUGCUACUCCUGUCUAUUUCGCAGCGAAGUCUGUCCACUUUGCCUGCGUGGCUACGAACUCAAUGAUGACGACGACGACGGGUUGGAAGAACUAUCUCUUAGAAACGUUUCCUCGAUUCCACUAUCCACCUUUGCGCCUACGGAUGGUUGGCUCGAUGAGUCAUCGGCGGUGAAUUCCCUCUGCGGCAGCCCCAGGUUACGCACCAAGAUCACCACGAGAGCUAAUCUGCCGUCGCAAGUUUUACACCGAGGCGAGGCAGAAAAUCUCUCGUUGAUAACAGUAGCCAAGAACUUGAAAAGCAAGGCUUCGCCACUUCCAGUUUCUUCUGUUUUUCAAGAUCGACAAAAAUUUAAAAUGUCGCAAAGCUGUCCUACGCCACCGAAUCAACGAAGAAGAUUUUUCCUCAAUCCAAAAGUGCUCAGAAGUUCCUUUGCUGCCCAGAAAUCUUCGAGACAUACGGCAUCCUCACCUGAACCGAUCAUAAAUGAUAAUCCUUCCGCUUUAUCAGACGAUGAGGGUGGUUGCGUGAAACCGUUAUCUUCGAAAACCAGAAAAUCAUCACAAUCGGAUUUGUACAUGAGAUUGGGUCUGCUAUUGGGAUCUAAUCGAGCAAACGCGAGUGUGGAAUCAAGCGCAUGUCCUUCGCGAACUCCGGUACAAGGGCAUGAUAGCUCUGCAGCCUCCUUCAGUAGCCUGACCAGCUUUGAAACGCAGACAUUGGCAUCAACGAAUACGAGCCCAGUGUCAACUUUGACGGGCACGUCGAGUGAAGCGGAAGCUGCGGCGGCACUGCGAUGUCCUGUCAAGCCGAAGACUAAGAUCAAGGGAAAGACUAAGUCCUGUAGAGAUUGCGAUAGUGCUGGUAGUCUGGCAUCCAUUUCUACAUCGUUAUCCGCAUCCACGUCAAUGUCCAUGUCUAUGUCCGUAUCAGUAUCAGGCCUCUCGAACGGUAGCUCCAGUCCACUCGUGCCUAGAAGACAUUCUGUCAACGCCGCACAAGUGGGUCAAACUGACGAGCUCGGCCAAUUGAAAAACAGACGAUCUUGUGUCCGAAGAUCGGGGAGAACCAACACUAAAGGUUCAAUUGGAUUGGAUGCGAAAUUACGUUUCAUUCAACAUCAUAGUUCAACGCAGUUAAACUUGAAGCCAUUAUUCUUCGAGGUGCCUUUAUUAGAAGAAGACCCACUUUUCGCAGGACGACAGUGGUUGUUACAAGAAUUAGAAUCCGUGAUCAAUGGCUCCAGUCCUGGCAUUUUGAUUUCCGGAUCGCCAGGCACGGGAAAAACUGCACUCGUCUUGCAAUUGGUGGAACAUAGUUGUUUCGGAAGAAGGAGAGAACAGCCAAGAUCUGCGGAAGUGAAUGAGGAAUGCGACGAAAGAGAGAAACAGAAUACUAACGCUACUCUACGAGCUAAUAUUCGGCAUACUAACGAAAAGGUGCGCGAAUUAGCAUCGCACGUUGUGGCUUAUCACUUUUGUCAAGCCGACAAUAAUAGUACCUGCCUAGUCCCAGAUUUAAUUCACUCGUUAGCGGCACAACUUUGCCAAGCUCCUCAAUUGAUCUCAUAUAGGGAAUACCUAUUGUCCGAACCCCAUCUUCAAGGCUCGUUGUCACAAAGGGAAUGUACAGUUGACCCAGAUCUCGCGCUUUCGAGAGGUAUUAUUGAACCGCUUUUGACUUUGAAGAAAGCCAAUAGAUUGCCAGCUUCGAAUAUGGUAAUAUUGAUUGAUGCCUUUUGUGAAGCGGAGUAUCACAGACCGGACAGAGGUGACACUAUAGCUUCUUUCCUAACGAGGCACGCACCUAACAUUCCCAGUUGGUUAAAAAUCGUUUGCACGGUCAGGACACAGUUGCUGGAUUGCGCAAAGCAAUUACCAUAUACAAGAAUCUCGUUAGACAAGACUAUGAAUGAUGCGAUCAGUAACAGCAUCGCGAAGGAUUUAUCUGAUUACGUCGGUUAUAGAUUAGCGCAAAGUCCUUCUAUUCAAUCGAAUGUAACUGCGUCGGUAAACGGCAAGGCAGAAUCAUCAUGCAGUGCGAAUCAGACAAGGUUCUCUUCACAUUUGCUCGCUCUAGCCAGAGGUAGUUUUCUCUUUGCUAAGUUGACACUCGAUCUUAUCGAGAGCGGGCAUUUAGUCGCCAAAUCUGCGAGUUACAAGGUAUUACCAGUUUCUCUCGCGCAAAUUUUUCAAUUACAUUUUAACUUGAGAUUCCCUACGGCAGCAUCAUUCGACAAAGUACAACCUCUUCUGGCUGUUUGUCUGGCAGCUUUAUACCCAUUGACUCUACCUGAAAUUUUCUAUUCCAUCAAUUCAUUAAAUAUAGAUCAUUUUAUUUCAUGGGAUGAUUUUUUACAGAGAUUUAAGAUGCUCUCUGGCUUUCUUGUGAAACGCUUGGACAAUACAUAUAUGUUUUUCCAUCCAUCGUUCAGGGAAUGGUUGAUGAGAAGAGAUGAGGGAGAAUCAACAAAAUUCCUGUGUGACUAUAGACUUGGUCAUGCAGCAAUAGCAUUCAGACUAUCUCGCUUUCAAGCGCCAUUGGAUGGUGACAAAGCUUUAGAACUAGGUCACCAUGUAUUAAAGGCACACGUUUAUAGAGGUGUAGCUCCAUGCUGGCCUUCACGCGAUUUACAAGCAAUUUGGCUGACUUUAUCGACCGAAUGCAUUUCCUCGGCAUUGUGCACGCUUCGAAACAUUUAUAGCCCAAAUGUGAAAGUAUCACGAUUGCUCCUGCUGGCAGGUGCAUCACCGAAUCACAUUACUGAAUAUUUAGGUAACGCACCGGCUCUUUGCAUGUACGCGCAUGAAGGUUCCGUCGAGAUGGUGUCUCUCCUUCUUGAGUUUGGUGCCGAUGUCGAAUUGACCAACAGCCAAGGUUGUACCGCGCUAUCGCUGGCAGCUGCCCGGGGACAUUGUGACGUUGUCAGAAGAUUGGCCGCUGCUGGAGCCUCAUUAGGACAUGUAGAUAUGGCCGGCCAAUGUUCUCUGGUGCAUGCGGCAAGACACGGAAGAUUAUCCGUGGUUGGUUAUCUUCUUGCUUGCGACUGGAUACCAACCAGUGAAAGUAAAGCAGAAAAUGGCGUUUUAGAAAUAAGUAGAGAAGAAGCCGCCCAGCAAGCCGUUGUCGCGGCUGCAUCACAAGGUCAUGAAGCGGUUGUAGAGUAUCUUUUAGAUAUGGCAGAGGUGAUCAUAGAUCGUCCCGAUACAUUGAUAGGCGAGACCGCUCUAACAAUUUCCGCUGCAAACGGUUCGACUGCGACGGUUUCUGCACUUUUAGCUCGCGGUGCUAAUCCUCUAGUUGUAAACACGAAAGGUCUUUCUCCUCUCAUGCUCGCCGCCAAGGAGGGACAUUGGGGUACCGCUGAACGACUUUUGCAAGGAAAUUUGUCCAGCAGUAUUGAUACAGUAUCGGACGAAACUAUAUCACUUCUAGAACAACGUGAUCUCGCUGGUCGUACUGCUUUAAUGUUGGCCGCAUGCGAAGGUCACAUUAAUCUACUUGAGCUAUUCCUCGAUAAAGGAUCAAUUUUAAAAACAAAAGACAAGGAGGGACUCACCGCUCUCAGUUGGGCUUGCGUCAGGGGACGCAUAACUGCCGUACAAAUGUUACUCGAUCGCGGUUCUGAUAUCAAUACAAGUGACAACUCUGGUAGAACUCCUUUGGAUUUAGCUGCAUUCCAGGGUAAUCCAAAGCUAGUACAACUGUUACUUGAGAAGGGAGCCGCGGUGGAACAUGUUGAUCUCCACGGUAUGCGACCUUUAGACCGAGCAAUCGGAUGUCGCAAUAUACCAGUCGUUCAAUGCUUCUUACGUCGUGGUGCUAAACUCGGUCCCGCUACAUGGGCUAUGGCAGCGGGAAAACCAGACGUCUUAAUAAUUCUACUAAAUAAACUUUUGGAAGAUGGUAAUGUUUUAUAUCGAAAGAAUAGGCUGAAAGAAGCAUCGCAUCGAUAUGCAUAUGCUCUUAGAAAAUUCCCAACUUCGCCAGAAGAAGAUUGCCAAGGACAGGAGCAAAGUCAUAUGAUGCUUCAAACUUUUACACAACUUCAUAUGAACUUUCUUCUAAAUUUGAGCCGAUGCAAACGCAAGAUGAAUGAAUGUACCGAAGCUAUUGAACUCGCUAAUGAAGCUCUUAGAAUCCGACCCAUUUCUUAUGAAGCGUUCUACGCUAGAGCUAAAGCGCGCGUAGAUCUAGGCAUGUUCGAGGAUGCUCUAUUGGACGUUCAGGAAGCUCUUCAAAACGCACCAAUUCACAAUAAACAAGAUCGUAGAGUGCUUGCAACUUUGAAAGAUGAGAUUGUCUGUCGAAUGAAUGAUGCUGGGACCAACAAAGAACAUGAUGAUUAUAUCGCUAAAUCUCGUCUUCGGGCAUCAGUGAAUACUCUUACUGAAUUGUAAUAUUUGAUUAGA